CGAUUCUGUUUGGCCCGCUGAAAUAGAAGCCGCUUUUAUUGAAGCCUUGGAAAAAGUACCAAAGCUAGGUCGACGAAAGAUCAUGAUUAAAGGCAAACCACAUGGUAUGUCGAAACGAGCUGAUUUCUGAUUACAUCUUCCGCAAGACGGGCAAAAGCCGGACAAGAAAACAAGUAUCAUCUCAUCUACAAGUGCUAAAGAACACUCGAAGGAAUGAUCCAAAAUUUAUGAGAAUCAUAGCAUUGAUGUAUGAUGAAGAAGAAAAUAAAAAACCGUCCCUAGUUGUUACUCAGCACCACCAUCGUCAUCAUCCCCAUCACCAUCACCAUCAUCAUCAGCAGCAACAGCAGCUAGUUCCUCCGCUUCCGCACCAUUCGGUACCGACAACGGCAAUGCUGGGGAAACGACAAGAGCAGCUACGAGGGACAGCAAUGAUACCACCACCUCCGCAGCAACAGCAGCAGCAGCAUAUCCAUAUCAGCACGACAACAACAUCGAUGAAGAUGGAAGCCAUACGGCCAACGUAUAUAUCACUCGGCCUCGAUUGCAACCAAGACAGCUCUUACCAUGUCCUUGCGCAGCUGGAGCACCGACACCCUUCGUUCCAGCACAUUCCUACUGUCAUGAUGCCAUCACCUUCCUAUCGCUAUGACGACGAAAACGACGAAGACAGUAACAUGCUACAACAUCUCACUACCAGCACACCUGAUACUGAGUGCACGCUGCAUGCUCAAGUGAAUAUGAACUUCCAUUGGUAUGCAACUGAAUAUACAUAUACAAGUGCGCUAUUUUUGGAGACGACCGAACGCCGGACCAUCGAGUGCACCACGUAUAUUUACUCUUUUGGCAACCCAGUCCUUGUCACCAAUGAGAUUCAACAAGGCUUAUGGCUCAAUAAGGACCAAUACAUGUAUCAUUUUGGAAUUGCCAAUCAUUUCUUUGAUUCAUUUAUGAAGGGCAUUCAGCGCUCGUUGCGUGACUGGAACGAAUUGGACUCGGCAAUAGAGAACUUGUGGAUUGUACAGCUGUUUACGGAUAUUUCAGCACCGUCUGCUGCAGCAGCAGACGAAAUGGCGACGCCGGAAACACCAACAAGCACGCCACCCUCUCUGCGCAUUGUAUACCAGUUUAAAAGAGGACAUGGCUCGAUUGACAUUGCUCGUGCCCAUGAUGACUUUUCAGGAAAAUUCUAGCACCAGUUGCCGUUUUUACUGUUAUAGCUCCUUUCAUUUUCUUUUUAUUUAUCUUUUUUUUAUCCUUAUUUACACGAUUAUAUACAGCCCUUACUACUUAUUUUAAAGCUUUCCCAUUCUUCUUCUUCUUCUUCUCCUGCCACUCCCAGAUCCUCAUUUCAUUGUAAACCAUUUAUUCACAGAUUAAGGUCACCCCAAACCAUGUAUGUAAUCCCACCAUCCAACCUAUUAAAAAUGUAAUUUUUCCUUUUUUAAACCCUUCCGCCG